UCUUCGUUUUAUAGCGUUGCCUUCAUGCUUCCUUUUUCAAAAAUAUCAUUCAACGAUUUAUAGAUGAGUUUAACAAAAGCUGAUCCUAACAAACAAGGCUGGGAAGAUUCUGAAUUUCCUAUUGUAUGCGAAACAUGUCUUGGAGAGAAUCCUUAUGUGCGAAUGACUAAAUUACCAUAUGGAAAAGAGUGCAAGAUUUGCCAAAGACCCUAUACAGUAUUCCGAUGGCAACCUGGGAGCCAUGCGAGACAUAAAAAGACCGAGAUCUGUCAAACCUGUGCAAAAGUCAAGAAUGUUUGUCAAACUUGUAUCCUCGAUCUGCAAUAUGGAUUACCGGUGGAAGUGAGAGACAAAGCUCUAGGUUUGAAAUCCGAAGCACCUUCGACAGAUAUAAAUCGACAGUAUUUUGCUCAAAAUCUUGCCAAACAAACUGAAGAAGGUGACGCCGUAUAUGACUCCAGUAGGCUUACGCCAGAAAGUAGAGGCAUCUUGGAUCAACUAGUAAGAAAUGAGCCAUACUACAAACGUAAUAGAGCACACAUUUGUUCUUUCUUUUUGAAGGGAGAAUGUAAACGUGGAGAUGCCUGUCCGUAUAGACACGAACUCCCUGUUGAAAAUGAAGCUACAGCAAAACAAAAUAUUCGUGAUCGUUAUAAUGGUGUAAAUGAUCCAGUAGCUCAUAAAAUGCUAAGCCGAGUUCGUACUGGUGCGCCUUCGUUAGUGCCACCAGAAGAUAAAACUGUAACAACAUUGUUUGUAACAGGUGUUAAUAGUGAUAUAACUGAAGAGGACUUCAGGGGCUUUUUCUAUGUAUUUGGUGAUAUCAAAUCUGUUAUUGUAUCUCAUAAAGCAAAGUGUGCAUUCAUUAACUUUACGACGAGAACAUCAGCAGAACUCGCAGCAGAGAAAGUAUCAGAGGUUGGGUUAAACCUGAAGGGAUACUCUUUAAAGGUUGUGUGGGCCAGACCAAAGCCGCAAGGAACGAAUGCUAAUAAGAGUAAGUUGUCUUCAGAAUAUAAUACAUAGCGCGCAGAAACUGAUGUCUUAUUCACAGAAUCAACAGAUUUGAAGUCUAAGCAGCCACCUCCACCUCCCUCAAUGAACGCUAAAGACGAUACAAAAUAUCCUAGUCAAAAUCCAACUGCUCAAGGAUCCACUGUAAUUCAUUAAAAGCUUUUUUUCUUGCAAUGUUAGCCGUAAUAAAAUCAUUUGCUGGUAGAUCGCAGAUUUCACGUCUAAAUUUGAA